UACAUGUUACAUAGUUACAGCGACGCUAUCCAGUUAUUUAGAAUGGCUAACGAUGAGCAACAGCUACAUUUGGCAGUAAGAAACAGAGACAAAGAGAAAAUAGAGAGACUUAUCACCAGCGGCGUGGAUAUAAACUGUAUGUUCUACGGGUGGACACCGCUACAACUCGCUAUACAAAAAGGGUAUGAAGACGAAGCUUUACUUCUGAUAGACAGAGGAUGUGAUGUUCACCUCCACGACAAAAACAGCGCCUCGCCAUUUGAGGACUGUCUACGCAAGAAUCUCAUUAAAGUUCUUACAAAAAUUUUAAACAAAGGGGAAGAUGCGAACACUGUCCUGUCCAAUGGAGAGCCGCCUCUCUGUGAAGCUGUAAAAAACGACAACAAAAACGUAGUUUCUACAUUAAUCAAAGUGGGUAAAUGUAAUGUAAACAUACAAGGAUGCAAUGGAGAAAGUCCUUUGUUUACUGCCGCCAAGUGUGGAUACAGCGACAUCUGUCAUCUUCUACUUGACGCAGGCGCAGACUCGGACUUCGUGCUCCCGUCCAAUCAACACACUCCUCUUAUUACAGCAGCCAGCAAUGACAACGAUGACAUCAUCAAAGUACUGCUAAAGCAUGGUUGUAACGUUAAUCACUGUGACGUCAUGGGGAAGUCAGCACUAUGGCACGCCUACAGCAACAGUAACACAGACAGCAUGAAACUUCUACUGAGGGCGGGCGCUGAUAAAAAUCUCCCCAACUCUGACGGACAGACCAUAUUAGACGACGCCAAGGACGCAGACGACGAUGACGUCAUAGAACUGUUGUCAAAAUUCAGCCAAUCAUGGACCUGAUGUGUUACAAUGCUUUAAUAAUCCAGCCAAUUUGAAAUGUGUUCAUGCUUUUCUUUUUUAAUUAUAGUAUCGUAUACAAUACAAGCCUAUUUAAUUGUUCAAUAUAAAGUACUUUUGUAAUUUGAAAAAUAAAUAUUUUUAUGCGCUCAUUCAAUUGUUU